UUUGUUCAGUUGAAUAGCUAGGUUGGAAAUACGACGAGGUCUAGGUAGAGUUUUCCAUCCUGAGCAGCGCUGACGGCUGUCAACGAGAUAGAGUGUUCAUCAUAAUAAUUAUUGUGCACAGCGGUUACUGACAGUCUGCAUAGUGAUUGACUAGGUACCUUUAGCAGAGGUUUGCUGAGACGCUCAACCAACCAUGUCAAGUGUUAGUAAUGUUACGCUAGCAGCCUGUGUGUUCAUGACGGUGACGUGCCUGGUCUACUCAUCAAACGCUCAGGGCCCGGGCAUAGGCAGUAUAGACCUUGGUCCAAUUGAGCCAGACUUUCCCAUCCGUACGUGUUCUCCUCGUUGUGAGAAUGGCUUCUGCGUCGGUGGAAGAUGCCUAUGUCAGCCUGGCUUCACUGGCCGUACAUGCUCCAACACAAUUAUCACUGUCUGUUAUGGAGGAUGUGCCAACGGUGGUACAUGUCGCUACGGAUCAUGCAGUUGCAGACCUGGCUACAGUGGUAGCUCUUGCCAAAUUCCCUCAUGUUCACCGUCCUGUGCAAAUGGUGGUACAUGUGUGUCUGGAAAAUGCCGCUGUAGAUCUGGGUAUAGCGGUAGCUACUGCCAGACUAGAGUGUGUACACCAUCGUGUCGAAACGGCCAGAUCUGCAUCCUAGGACAAUGCCGGUGUCCUCGAUUUCUAGACGGACCAGAGCCCCUUGGGAUAAGUGAGCCAGGCGUCCCAGAGAUCGACCUUGUACCAUUCUAUCCCGCAGUCUGCUGCAGCAGGUCAUGCUUGAAUGGAGGUACCUGUAUCGGCUAUAACAGAUGUAGAUGUAGAUCAGGUUACUCUGGACAAUAUUGUCAGACCAAAGUUCCCUCAUGUUUACCGUCCUGUGCAAAUGGUGGUACAUGUGUGUCUGGACAAUGCCGCUGUAGAUCUGGGUAUAGUGGUGGCUACUGCCAGACUAGAGUGUGUACACCAGCGUGUCAAAACGGCCAGAUCUGCAUCCUAGGACAAUGCCUGUGCCCUCGAUUUCCAGACGGACCAGUGCCCCUUGGGAUAAGUGAGCCAGGCGUCCCAGAGAUCGACCUUGUACCAUUCUAUCCCGCAGUCUGCUGCAGCAGGUCAUGCUUGAAUGGAGGUACCUGUAUCGGCUAUAACAGAUGUAGAUGUAGAUCAGGUUACUCUGGACAAUAUUGUCAGACCAAAGUUCGCUCAUGUUCACCGUCCUGUGCAAAUGGUGGUACAUGUGUGUCUGGAAAAUGCCGAUGUAGAUCUGGGUAUAGCGGUAGCUACUGCCAGACUAGAGUGUGUACACCAUCGUGUCGAAACGGCCAGACCUGCAUCCUAGGACAAUGCCGGUGCCCUCGAUUUCUAGAUGGACCAGUGUCUCGUAGUGAGCCAGGCGUCCCAGAGAUUGGCUAUGUACCUUUCUAUCCCGCAGUCUGCUGCAGCAGGUCAUGCUUGAAUGGAGGUACCUGUAUCGGCUAUAACAGAUGUAGAUGUAGAUCAGGUUACUCUGGACAAUAUUGCCAGACCAAAGUUCCCUCAUGUUCACCGUCCUGUGCAAAUGGUGGUACAUGUGUGUCUGGAAAAUGCCGAUGUAGAUCUGGGUAUAGCGGAAGCUACUGUCAGGCUAGAGUGUGUACACCAUCGUGUCGAAACGGCCAGACCUGCAUCCUAGGACAAUGCCGGUGCCCUCGAUUUCUAGACGGACCAGUGUCUCGUAGUGAGCCAGGCGUCCCAGAGAUUCGCGAUUUACCUUUCUAUCCCGCAGUCUGCUGCAGCAGGUCAUGCUUGAAUGGAGGUACCUGUAUCGGCUAUAACAGAUGUAGAUGUAGAUCAGGUUACUCUGGACAAUAUUGUCAGACCAAAGUGUGUGCUCCAGCUUGCCGCAAUGGCGGUACGUGCAGCAAUGGAAAGUGUAAUUGCAGGACCGGAUACACUGGUAGCUAUUGUCAAACCCGGACCUGCUCCCCGGCCUGUAGAAAUGGUGGUACAUGCACAAGCUAUGGAACAUGCAACUGCAGGAGUGGAUAUACCGGUAGCUAUUGUCAAACCCGUACCUGCUCCCCGGCCUGUAGAUAUGGUGGUACGUGUACAUCGUAUGGAACAUGUAAUUGCAGAAGUGGAUACACUGGCACAUAUUGUCAAACCCGGACCUGCUCCCCGGCCUGUAGAAAUGGUGGCAGAUGUACAUCGUAUGGAACAUGUAUUUGCAGGAGUGGAUACACUGGCACAUAUUGUCAAACCCGGACCUGCUCCCCGGCCUGUAGGAAUGGUGGUACGUGUACAGCGUAUGGAACAUGUAAUUGCAAGAGUGGAUACACUGGCACAUAUUGUCAAAUUCGCUCUUGUUCACCGUCCUGUGCAAAUGGUGGUAAAUGUGUGUCUGGAAAAUGCCGAUGUACAUAUGGUUAUGGUGGUAGCUACUGCCAGACUAAAGUAUGCAGGCCAUCAUGUCAAUACGGCCAGGUCUGUAUCAGUGGUCGAUGCCAGUGCCCUCGGUUUCUAGACCGGCAAGUGCGGGGUCUUCCAGGCAGACCAGGCAGUCAGGAACCUGAGCGUCUGCCAAUCUAUCGUCCAGUCUGCUGCAGCAAGUCAUGCUUGAAUGGAGGUACCUGUAUCGGCUAUAACAGAUGUAAAUGUAGAUCAGGUUACUCUGGACAAUAUUGUCAGACCAAAGUAUGUUCUCCAGCUUGCCGUAAUGGUGGCACAUGCCGCAAUGGAAAGUGUGUUUGCAAGAAAGGCUACUACACGGGCAGCUAUUGUCAAACCCGUCUUUGCUCACCGGCUUGCAGAAAUGGUGGCACGUGCACACCGUAUGGAACAUGUAAUUGCAGGAGUCCAUACACUGGAAGCUAUUGUCAACUAUCUCCAACAUGCUAUCCUCGAUGUGAAAAUGGUGGAACGUGCAUAAGAAACAACCGCUGCUCGUGUCCAUCUGGGUUCACUGGCAGUCGCUGUCAGAAUGCAGUUCAAACCGCUUGUCGAGUGCGAAUGGAAAUACAUGACAUGACACAAGCACAGAGACAGCUGUAUAUUGAUACCUACAAGACAGCGUAUGGACAGCCUGCUUUGCGUACUCUGCUGCGAAGCCAUGCUAUCAACUUUGCAGCUGGCAUUCACACCAGGAAUCAGUUCUUGCCAUGGCACCGCUGGUUCAUUCUGGAACUGGAAAACAUCCUGCUGGCCGUCAACAGCAAUGUUAUUCUGCCAUACUGGGAUUGGACUCUGCAUAGUGCUGCACCGUGGAGUGCACCAUUGUGGGGUAGUGCAUCACAUUGGUAUGGUGGAGAUGGCUCUGGAUCAUGUGUGACAACGGGACCAUUCCGCAGUGGACAGUUUUCACUUGUGUCAGGCGGUUGCUUACGGCGUGAUUUCGAUCUCACUGAAACUACGCCUAGCGCUCUGGUAGUCAAUGACAUACUUUCCACACCCGUGUCUUCCUUCAAUGACUUUGAACUGCGCGUCCGUGGAGAACUACACGAUACAGUUCAUUGCCGUAUCCAUGGCACUAUGUGUACGCUGGAUGCUGCUGAAUCACCAGACUUCUUCCUGCACCACGUAUUCAUUGACAAGCUAUGGGCGGAUUACCAAGCAAGAAGUACUGCACAUCACGACGCUCACUUCAGUAGUCUGGGAUCGGCCAUGACAGCUGCUGGUGGCCAUUCAGCUCAGGAUAUGAUUGAUCUGAACAACCAGCCUGGUGGUGUGUGCGUACGCUAUGAGCAACCAAGCAGCAGUACUGCACGGCAGCUGAGAAGGGCACUCAGCCGUGUAGCACCCAGUGUGAUAGCAAAGAGGGUUUCUUGUCAACCGCAAAGUUUGGAUGUGAGCAGAGCUGUGCAGCAAGGUCAGGAGCUAUUCAGAGUGUCAGCAUCGGAGCGGUCCCGACUCAGCAGCCUUGUUAGCAAACAAGUGUGUCGCAGUGCUAUGCCAGGACAGGCAGGACCAUCUGGUGCCAGGACCACGGCCACGGCCAACCUCGGCUUUGAUCUCAACACCUUAGUCAGCCUGGCAAAUGCCAAAUAAGGGGUCAAGACGUCGCCAGCUGAAGGUACUACUAAAGUAGUGAUGUUCAGCAACUACACAAGUACAAGUAUCAAACAGCCUUCCUGUCUACCAUACAUAUCAUCAUUCAACAGUUCUACACUUCAGAAUUCCAAUUCGUCAUUGCCUGAAAAAUAUACGUUAAUCCUCAUCCUUAUUCACCUUUGACUGGAUUUUAUAUCAUCUAUUUCCUGUUUUAAAAACCUGAAGGGUCAAAUGCUGAAUAACCUAUCAACCUCGAUUUUUCUAUGAUUACGUCAAAAGACAUCACACUGUAUUAUUAUUAUAUCCAGUAUACUGUUCCACUCAUUCCAGCAUACAUUACUGUUGGCUGCUAUAUUGAAAAAGCCCAAUCUUGGCCACGAAUAAUGUACGUCCGAAUCUCUCAGUCUUUUUUUAGUUUAAAAACUAACUCUGGACACUAUA